UUCUUCACUAAAGAGACACACAGGCUGAAAACCAGACGAUCCGAUUCACCUUCAGACCAAACUAACAACUUCAUCCGACUGAGUUCAGCUGCAGGAGAGAAAAGAGGGAAACUACAACACUGCUGCUUCAACCUUCUGACACUCCACACACUGAAGCUUCGCUCAGAGACAACAUGGCUUCCAGAUUGAAGGAGGAUCUCUGCUGUCCGGUCUGUCAGGAAGUCUUUAGAGAUCCCGUUGUCCUGUCCUGUAGCCACAGCUUCUGUAAAGACUGUCUGAAGAGAUGGUGGAGAGAGAAACCAACUCAGGAGUGUCCAGUUUGUAAGAGAAGAUCUUCAAAGUCAGAUCCACCUAGUAACCUGGUGCUAAAGAACCUGUGUGAGUCCUUCUUAGACGAGAAAGACCAGAGAGCUCCAGAGACUCUCUGCAGUCUGCACUCUGAGAAACUCAAACUCUUCUGUCUGGACCAUCAGCAGCCGGUGUGUGUCGUCUGCAGAGAUUCAGAGAAACACACCGACCACAGAUUCAGACCCAUCGAUGAAGCUGCUCCACAACUCAAGAAGAAACUUCAGGAAGCUCUGGAGCCCUUAAAGGAGAAGUUAAAGGUUUUAGAACAAGUCAAAGGAAACUGUGAUCAAACAGCAGAACACAUGAAGGUCCAGGUCCGACGAGCAGAGAGACAGAUUCAGGAUCAGUUUAAGAAGCUCCACCAGUUUCUAGAGGAGGAAGAGGAGGCCAGGAUCUCUGCUCUGAGGGAGGAAGAGGAGCAGAAGAGUGGGGUGAUGAAGGAGAAGAUGGAGGAUCUGAGCAGAGAGAUAGCAGCUCUUUCAGACACAGUCCGAGCCACAGAGGACGAGCUGAGAGCUGAAGACGUCUCGUUCCUCAACAACUACAAGGCUGCAGUUGAAAGAGUCCAGCAGCGCCCCCUGCUGGAGGAUCCACAGCUGCUCUCAGGAGCUCUGAUAGACGAGGCCAAACACCUGGGCAACCUGACCUUCAACAUCUGGAGCAAGAUAAAGGACCUGGUCUCCUACGCUCCUGUGGUUCUGGACCCAAACACUGCUCAUCCAGGACUCCUCCUGUCUGAAGACCUGACCAGUGUGACAUGUGGACAGAGACAGAAGCUUCCUGAUAAUCCAGAGAGGUUUGAUGGAUUCUGGUCUGUUCUGGGCUUUGAGGGAUUUAACUCUGGGACUCACAGCUGGGAUGUCGAGGUAGGAGGCAGUAGAGUCUGGUUACUUGGUGUGUUAGCAGAGUCCGUCCAGAGGAAGAGAUUCACAGACUCUGGAUUAUGGAGAAUAGGGUCCGAUGGAGGUGAAUACUCAUCGCGGUCACCAUCAGGUCCAGUCACUGAUCUCGUCGUGCAGAAGAAGCCUCAGAGGAUCAGAGUGACUCUGGACUGGACCGGAGGAACGCUGUCGUUCUCUGAUCCUGAAACUAACACACACAUUCACACCUUCACACACUCUUUCACUGAGAGGAUGUUUCCAUACAUCUUGACUUGGGGUAAAGUGAAGAUACCACCACUGAAGGGCAUGUUUCCCAGUGUUUGGAAGUCGGCUGCUGUUGUUCCAGUAUUCAAAGAUGGAGAUCCCCUUUCUUCCUCUAGUUACAGACCCAUCGGUAUCCUACCAACGGUUUCGAAGAAAAGAAUCUAAUUCCUACUGGACAAAGAGGGUCGUUGUUGGAGUUGUGUUUCUUGAUCUCAAGAAGGCAUUUCCUCAGCUACACUUACAUGGAUUGAAUCAUAUUUGCUGAAUAGAUCACGGUAUGUCCAAAUUCGGAACUAUCAAUAUACUGCCCUCCAUUUGUCCACAGGUGUCCCACAAGGAUCUGUCCUGGGCCCAUUACUAUUUUCAUUAUAUAUUAAUGAUCUGCCACCAGUGUGUCCUGAUACCAAUAUGCAAAUGUAUGCUGAUGACGCUGUAAUUUACUUGCAUGGUAGCAAAAUGAGAGAUGUUGCAAAUGAACUCACUAACUCCAUGGUUCAUGUAACUACUUGGUUAAAAGCAAUGCUGUUUACAACUUAAUGUAUCCAAAAGAGUAUGUAGGUUUUUGACCAAAAGAAACUCUAAUAGUGUAGAACCGGAUGUUUUUGUAUCUGGGGAGAGGCUAAAGGUUGUACCUGAAUACAAGUACCUUGGAGUACUUUUUGAUUCAAAAUUAUCUUUCAAAUCUCAGGUGAAAAAGGUCUGUAAUGGGGAAAGAUUGAAUCUAAUGUCAGGUUCCCACGAGACUACAUGCGUUCUAUGGUUGUUUCACUUCCUGUUUAACAACCUGGUCACAGGCUAGCUGCUAGCACCACGACUCUGAAACCACUGCAGUCAUUGUAUAAACGUACAAGAAAUGUGUUUUCUCUCAUCAAGCGUUUAUAAAAAACUAUCUUUAAAUGAAGGUGCAGUGGAUGAUGCAACAUUUGUUAUGUACUAACCAAUAACCUGUUAGAGGGCGCCUGUGUGUGUGUGUGUGUGCAUAUUACUGUUUAGUGUGUGCAAUGGUGUGUGUAAUAG